CUGGCGCCCUCAUUAGGCACCAGCAACGCCCUGCGUCAUGGACGAAUUCACCGGGGCGCCCUUCACACCGCCCUUCUCCGACGAGCCAAUGGGCAUGGAUGAUGGCUUCAGCAUGCAGCCCAACGAUUGGCAGCAGAACGACUGAAUUCCAAGCGGACAAUACAUUGUGUUCUGCUCGUCCAUCCGCCUCGGUAGACACGAACCGUUUGGCAGAAGAUGGACUCCCGGCCACUGAGUUUUUGGAUGGGAUUUUUGACAGCAACGGCCGGCCAAUGCAAGCGAUGACCCUCAAGGCCAAAAACGAUGGGCGUUUCUCACCUCACCUCCUGGACAGUUCCGGUUCCCGACCCUCACCCCCUAACAACGGUCCUCCGACCUCUGUGUCGAGUGCAAACAACCGAGCGCAACUUGACGGUCCUGAGCUACCCCGACUCGCAGAUCUAGAAUAUUUGGCAGCCCUGCCUCAUUCAGUUCUGACGGAAAUUUCGAAGAAUGUUGCCGAAGCUAUUGUUGCCAAGCAGAAAGCAAUACAACAGUCUCGUGAACAAGAGACCCCGCCACAACUACCCGAAGGGAGACCGCCCAAGAAUGCCGCGACUGGUGCCAACCACGUCUUCAGAUGCGAACAACCUGGUUGCAAAACGACUUUUCGGCGCAACAAAGAUCGGCUACGUCAUGUUCGUCAGAAGCAUACAGCCGAUGUGAAGACCUUUUCUUGCCCCGUCAUCGAUUGUCCUAAGGGUCAUGGCCACGAGUUUCAUCGAAGCGACAAGCUCCGCGAUCAUUUGCGUGGAGAGAGAAUCUCUUCCCUCGAGUGGUGCUGUGUGGUACCUGGAUGCUCCGAUAUUGUUGCCACCCGGGUUGGCCUCAUUGACCACCUUGGCCAACAUGACUUUGAAACAAGAAAAUCCAACAACCGUCUCUUCGUUGAAUACGGCUUUGCCUUGCAUUCGCGAUACAAUUACUUGCACGCAGGGUACAUCUGUUCCAUUCAGGGCUGUCCAUUUGGCACAGAUGAUGAGGCUACUAUGCUUGGCCAUCUGUCAAAUCCUCACAACGGCCCUUCCUGUCCUUGCCCCAUUCCGAACUGUGGAAAAACAUUCCAAGACUGGUUAUCAACCUCCAGGCAUCUUGCUCAAGCUCAUGACCAUGAUACAAGAUUUUAUGCCCCAUCUGCGAACACGAAAUCUUCGAUGCAAGACUGCUAAAGGUCAGAGCUCACUGGCAGAAACAUAACCACGAACAACGUCUUCAAGCCUCAGAAGCACUCACGGAAGCCGUUGUGUCCGCAUUGGGAUCAUAUACAUUCCUGCACGAAGAUCACCUUGGGAAGCCUUACCGGGGGCCGUCUAUCAGGCUGUAUGGUGAUAAGUUCUUUCCAUAUAUGAUUCUACCAGACGAGGAGUUGAACAAACUGCGUACAGAUAAGGAUUUCGAGCGAGCUGGAGCAGAACUCAG